AUGAUGCAAUAUUUCAAACUCACUGGCAACGAUGAGCAGGUCACGAAGGUCUGGGCAAUAGUGCAGAGCCAUGAGGGAUACCAGGUGUCCCGUAACGGCGGCACAGUGCGACUGUGCCUGGAUCGACCUCGUCAUGGCAACUCUUUAACAUUCACCAUGAUCAAGGAAAUAACCUCGUUGUUCAAGCGUCUCUCAAAGGACGAUUCUGUGCACCGAAUCAUUAUUACGGGUCGUGGCCGCUACUUUUGCACGGGCAUGCACCUGAAGGAAGACCUCUUUGUCUCAGUUGCGGAGCGGUGCAAUGCGCUCCAAGAACUCUUUUCUACUAUCGAUACUUGUCCCAAAACCACGAUGGCAGUGAUAAACGGCCCGGCCUUUGGUGGAGGCGUUGGCCUGGCUACCGUCUGCGAUGUACGCAUAGCCGUGUCCACUGCAUUCUUUUGCUUGAGCGAAGUCAAGCUUGGCUUGUGUCCCGCAACGAUAUCGAAAUUCCUGGUACGGGAGUGGGGAAGCAGUCUCGCGAGAAUGGCGAUGCUUACUGGCCGGAGAGUGAAAUCGCAGAUGCUGUACGAUGCAGGAAUCAUACAUGCUCUUGCGGUUGAUCUUGACGAUCUGGAGAAGGUGGUGGAGGGGUUCUUGAAUGACCUGAAGCUUGCGGCUCCUCAAGCUGCUGCACUAUGUAAAUUGUUGGUUGGGGAGGCCGUGAGUAGCCAUGAUGCCGCCAUAGACCAAAUGGCCUGCGAGGUUUUUGAAACCAUGUUAGCGCAGGGAUCGGAGGCAUCACACGGUAUUGCUCAAUUCAACAUGGGGGUCAAGGAUAUAGUCUGGGAGAACUUGGAUAGAGAUGAUAAAUUAACGGCGUUAUGA